AUGCCACUCGACUCCAUCUCUUAUGUUGCUCAACGCGCUUCCUAUUUUCGUCGUCUUGAUGACUUACGAGCCAACGGAGUCUUUAUUUAUUAUCAUGAUGAGACUUGGUGCAAUAUAGGUGAAGAAAAACGUUCGAGAUGGAUUAACGACAAAGAUGAAGGACGCUUGAAGAAGUCCGAUGGAGAAGGAAAACGAUUGACUAUCUCAGCUAUGAUCAACGAGAAUGACUUUCACAAGGAAUCUGUCGAUAUAUUUGCCUGUGAUGAAGACCAUUCUAUGAACUCGACUCAUUUCAUUCAUUGGAUUGAAAAAUUCGCGUCUCAUCUUCGUUUACUUCAUGGCCCUUCCGUUCGUAUUGCCAUCGCCAUUGACAACGCUACGUGGCAUAACGAACUCAUCGACGAAGCGAAACCGCCAAAGCGUUCAUGGCGUAAUGAUCAGCUUCAACAAUGGCGGAAAGAACAUGAACUGAAAUACGAUACAACGCUGAAGAAAGGUGAGUUAUUGCAAAUCGCAUUUUCCCACAUUCCACCGAAGCGUUACAAGACUAACGCCGUUGCCAGCUUAUUCAACGUCGAGCUCGUUCGUCUUCCAAUCAAGCAUUGCGUUUGA